GGUGACGUCAGCGUCCUCAAUCUCAGCAAAACAGUGGCGACCCCCUCUGGUCGCCUCCCAAGGAACUUUGUUCCAGAACUUUUCUCUUGUUUUUCUUUCUCCAUCUUGUUCUUGAGCCAUUCGCCUGUGAACGACGGAUCAAAACGGGCACGCAGAGUCAAAGUGCGCUUGUUUGUGCAUUGUUUGGUCCCUUGGGACGCGGACGUCCGCGAGGGACAACAAACAAAAAUGCACGGAUUGCUGCUGAGGUUCGUGUUCGUCGCGGUGCUAACCCGGGACGCCUCGUGUGCUCGCGUUGGCGUAACGUUCAGCCGGCACCCGAGCAACCAGACGGCAUCUCAGGGCAAUGCCGUUCGUUUGGGCUGUGCCGUGGAGGGCAUCGAGGAGCCUGACGUGGUUUGGAUGAAGGACGGUGCACGGCUACUGAGCAGCGACCAGAUGUUCAUCGCACUCGGGGAGAGACACUGGGAGACCUAUCAUAGUGUGAAGUCAGUCCAGCAGCAGGAUGCGGGUCAGUACUGGUGCGAGGUGGACUUCCACGGUGAGACCUUUUCAUCCGGACGGGCUUGGAUCACAGUUGAGGGCGUCCCGCAUUUUGUCCAAGAACCGCAAGACGUGUCCACGCUUCCCGGUGAACCCUUCAACCUAACCUGUGGCGCCGUCGGACCACCCGAGCCCGUGGAGGUUCUUUGGUGGCUGGGAGGCAUCCGGGAGGGUCCCGCCAAAUCGUCCCCCUCAGUUCUUCGGGUCCCGGGUGUCAACAACACAAUCAAGUUCUACUGUGAGGCCCGGAACGCCCGCGGGAUUUCCGUGUCUAGAACCGGAACGGUUUACAUCAAAGCAUUGCCAGCGGCUCCCGUUACGCUGAGGGUUACCAAGAUGGAAGAAGAUACCGCUUUUUUGUUAUGGCAACCAGGAUUCACAGGCCACUCGGAAUUGUCCAGCUGCAUUGUCCAGCUGCAACGCCUGUCCUCCAGUGGCGCCGUUUUCUCCGAGUUAUCCAUAACAGUGCCCGUCCCUCCACACGCUCACGUCCUCUCUGGUCUGGCCUGCCACUCUAAUUACAGCACCCGUGUUUCCUGCCGCAACGAGGUUGGAGCGUCGCCCUUCUCGACCUGGACGCGCUUCCUCACGCCCGAGUCGGUGCCAUCCGCCGCCCCGAGGAAUUUAACCUUCCAUCUGUCAGAAGAGCAGCUCAGCCUGGAGUGGGCAGAGCUUCAGAAGGAGGUGCUCAAGGGAGAGCUGCUAGCCUACAAGGUGCAAUGGAUUCUAGGAGGGGAGCAACAGGAACCUCUGCUUUUUAAGGAGCCACGUGCUCGCCUGUCAGGCGCUAGCCGCUUCUUCAAUGCAUCAGUCCAGGUUUCUGCCUGUACAGCUAUGGGAUGCGGACCUUGGAGCUCCCCGGUGGUGGUCCUGCCCACUUCAGGUGGCUGGGCCGUGUCUGCAGGCGCCCCUAAGGAGCGGAACCACAUUUGGGCAGGCGUUCUUUUCGCUCUCUUAGCGCUGACUGUGUCGGCGCUGCUUUUUUCUGUUGUUGCUAGACGGCGUGGAAAGGAAACUCAUUUUGGUCGGGUUUUUCCACCUACUGGCCCCGACACUCCCGUGUCCUUCACUGCUGCUCGUUCCUUCAACAGAAACGGCGGGGACGCAAAUAUUUCGACACUGGGAAGUCUAGGUAUCAGCAAGGAGCUCAACAACAAACUGAAGGAUGUUCUCAUCCCAGAGAGGCAGCUAGUACUCGGACACAUGUUGGGCAAAGGUGAGUUCGGGUCAGUGCGUGAGGCUUUCCUGAAGACUGACGACUCUCAAGUCCAGAAGGUGGCGGUCAAAGUUCUGAAAUCUGACAUCACCUCAUCAGGUGACAUCGAGCAAUGCUUGAAGGAAGCGGCCUACAUGAAGGACUUUCACCACCCCAACGUUAUCCAGCUUAUUGGAGUGAGUCUGCAUCGGCGUCACGCACAGCGUUUGCCUGUCCCAAUGGUGGUCUUACCCUUCAUGAAGCACGGAGACCUGCACACGUACCUGCUCCUGUCCAGACUUGGGGACACUCCCUUUGACUUACCCCCAAACGUGCUGGUUCAGUUCAUGCUGGACGUAGCUCGAGGAAUGGAAUACCUGAGCGCUCGGAAUAUCAUCCACAGAGACCUGGCGGCCCGCAACUGCAUGCUUGGCGAAAACAAGGUGGUGUGCGUGGCAGACUUCGGCCUCUCAAAGAAGAUCUAUUCAGGAGAUUAUUACCGACAAGGAUCUGUCUCCAAGCUUCCCGUCAAGUGGAUCGCUUUGGAAAGCUUGGCUGACAACGUCUACACCACGCAGAGUGACGUGUGGUCCUUUGGUGUCACCAUGUGGGAAGUGAUGACCCGGGGCCAGACGCCGUACCCCGGCGUGGAGAACUCUGAGAUCUACGAGUACCUGAUCCGAGGAGAACGCCUCAAGAAACCUGCCGAGUGCAGACAAGACAUCUACGACGUGAUGCACAGCUGCUGGAGUCCUGUCCCCAAAUGUCGACCCACGUUCCAGCGUCUGGUGGUCCUGCUGGAGGAGCUGCAGCUCAGCUUUUCACCGGUGCCUCCACACAAAGAGUCCUUACAUUACGUCAACCUGGAGGGGGAGCCCAGGGGGGGCUGCGGCGGCGGGUCACGUGACGACGGUGUCCCCUGGGACCAGGAACGGGAUUGGCUCAUGGUAGCGUCCGGUGCCGCGUUGGCCAUCGGAGGCGGAGACUAUAGGUACAUUGCGGACCCUCGCGGAGGUGCACAAGGGGAGCAGGGGGGCGACAUAGACGAGGAUGACGACGCUGUCAUCCACGUGUGAACUGAUGGAGAAAAACUGACUGGACUGUUUUGCACACUCUACUUGGCACUUUUUAACACAGUGUGAAUGUUUUAUUGUGACUUAUUAAAAAGUCUGGCGAUAGAUGAUUAACCUAGAGUAUUUGUUGUUGUAGUUAGUAAAUGAGGACAUCCUUAGUUUUUGUCUGUGUGUGUGAUUGGCUGUGAAAUUAAUUAUUGUGCCAAAUCUUCUUUAAAAAAAAAAUUCUUAAAUUUCACUCGUUAUCCCAGAUGCAACGAGACUUACUGUAUAUACAAAAAGUUCAAUUUUGCUGUUAUCUGUUCAGAGAAUUUAAAGUCUAGAGCACAGGUAACAAACUAGGCCCGGCAUAUCAUUUUGUGUGGCUCCAUGAAAGUAAAUCAUGUUCCUCACUCAAAUGAAAUUUAAUUUUGGUAGCGCGCAAUGUCAAAUCAAGGACUACAGAAAUCAGAAUAGUGGUACCUCGACAUAUGAAUGCAUCGACAUAUGAUCAUUUUGACGUAAAAUUUGACUUCUCUCGACAUAUGACGACACGCUUGAAAUAGGAAGAUUUACAACAGCGUUGAAAUUUCAUUGUUUUCCUGCAAGACAGCAGAUUUUCUUGUGAGAGAAAUAAACAUGGAUCCCAAAAAGGUUAGUGCAGGUGGUGAAAAAAAGUGACAUUUACAAUUGAAAUUAAGACGAAAAUGAUAGAAAAAUAUGGGCGUGGUGUGCGCACCAGUGAACUGGCUCGACAAUACGGCCGGAAUAUGUCUACGAUCUCGACGGUCUUCCUCUGACGUCCGUUCGCCAGCCUUUGAGUUAAGGUGACAAUUCUUGUAAUGUCUGCAAGGAAGUCGCCAGUUUCGUCAGUUUUUUAAUCAUUUAUUUCAGAACUUAUGCAACACGGCACAGCUACUGUCUGCCAUCACUGACGCCAACAACAACAGAACAUGGAAAGAGGAAGUAAAAACGUACUCUUCCGCAACAUUCUCUUCAGUCACACGGUGCGUUCAGGAACAUGCAAAACACAACCACCACAUUAGAACCAAAUUCGUUACAUUAUUGAUUUAUAUUUCUAAUGUAUUUGUUUUGCUCUGUGUAAUUGCUUUUUGUGAUUGUAACUGCAGCAUUUAUGAAGGAUUUAGCAUAGGUUUUUGGGCUGUGGAAAAAAUUUAUUGAAUUAUAAUGUACAGUUAUGUGAAAAAAUUAGGACACCCAUUAAAUAUUCAUUUCUUUAUUAAGAAAUGUUCAUGUAUCAAUGUCUGGUCUUGAUCAUGAUCUGAUCUCUGGAAAAGAAAGUGAUUAAAUUUCGAGUAAACAACAAAAAUUAACAUUGUUUUACUCAUUAAACCAAAUUUAUCAACAAAAAUGCAUAUUCUAACUGAGGGGGAAAGUGAAGACACCCUACCACCUAAUAGCUAGUGUAACCCUCUUUGGCUGAAAUAACUUCAGUGAGACCUUUUUUUGUAGCCAUCGACCAGUCUUUGACAUCGGUCUGAUGAAAGUUUGCCCCACUCCUCAACGCAGAAUACUUUCAAUAGUGAGUGUUGAAUUGAGAGAAAACAGCAUGGUGAGAUCAAAGGAGCUGUCUGAGUCCUUCAGAAAGAAGAUUGUAGACGCUUAUGAGUCUGGUAAGAGAUUUCAGAAGAUCUCAAAAGAAUAUAAAAUCAGCCAUUCCACUGUCUGGAAAAAAGUCUACAACUGGAGGACAUCCAAAACAAUUGCCAACAUUUCCAGGUCUGGCCAUCCAAGCAAGUUCACCCCAAGAGCAGACCGCAAGAUCCUUGAAAAAAAAAAAAAAGUCUCCAGAAACCCUAAAAUGUCAUCACGGGACCUACUGCAGUUUCUUUCAACUGUUGAUGUGAAAUUGCAAUCAGAAAGAGACUUCACAAGUUUAACCUUAAUGGGAGGUGUGCAAAGAGGAAACCUUUGCUCUCCAAGAAGAACAUGAAGGCCAGACUGUAGUUUGCCAGUAAAUGCAGACAAAGACCAGGACUUCUGGAAUAAUGUUCUUUGGACGGAUGAAUCUAAAAUUGAAUUAUUUGGACACCAGAACAGAGGACAUGUUUGGCGUAAACAUUCCAAGAAAAGAACCUCAUACCAACUGUGAAGCAUGAAGGUGGAAGUAUCAUGGUUUGGCCAGCUCACCAUCAUAGAAUCCACCAUGAAUUCUAUCGUGCAUCGGAGGGUGCUUGAAGAACAUGUGAGAUCAUCUGUGGGAAAUAAAACUGAAGCGAAACUGGACCUUGCAACAUGACAAUGUCCCAAAACAUACCACCAUGGACUGGCUGAAAAGGAAGAGAGUCCAAGAAUGGCCGAGUCAAAGCCCAGAUCUCAAUCCCACUGAGAUGCUGUGGGGUGACUUGAAACGGGCUCAACAUGCAAGAAACCCCUCAAACAUCUCACAGCUGAAAGUAUUAUGCGUUGAGGAGUGGGGCAAACAUUCUUUAGACCGAUAUCAAAGACUGGU